AUGAAUUUACAAAGAAAUGAGUAUGUUCUUGGAAUUGACCUUGGCCUCACGAAUACUUGUGCUGCAAUUAUGACUUCCAGAACUCCAGACCCGAUAGUUAUAUCAUAUUCUGACAGUAGUCAUUUUUUAAAAUCAUGUGUUAAAUAUGGUAAACCAUUUGAUGUUGGUUCAGCUGCCUAUAAACAUCUUACUUACGGUUUACCUGGAGUUGUAAAGAAUUCAAGAAGAAUAAUCGGAAGGUAUUAUAAAGAUGAAGUUGUGCAGAAAUGUGUAAAGGAUCAUCUAUGUGGAGCAGAAAUAAAGGAAGUAAACAAAAAGCCAGUUUUCGUGAUUGAUAAUACAACUCUUGUUUCUCCCAGCGAUGUAUCUUCAGAAAUAAUAAAACGAGUUGUUGAAAAGGCUGAUGAAUUUGUAAAGAGAGCAUAUGGUGAUGAAAUGAAAUGUACAAAAAUAGCAGUGACAUUUCCUGCAUAUUUUGAUAACUAUCAACGUACUGCUACUCUAUUGGCCGUAGAAAAAGCAGGCAUUUCAAAAGAAAGACUGACAAUGAUAAAUGAGCCUACUGCAGCCGCUUUCUAUUUUUGCAAAUCGAACAAAAUCGAUAAUCAAACGAUUCUGGUAUAUGAUUUGGGAGAUGAAUCUUUCGAUGUAUCGAUAGUGAGAGUCAAAGGAGAUGAUUAUAGAGUAUUGAAAUACGCCGGUAAUUCAUUUUUGGGAAAUGCUGAUAUUGAUUCUUUAUUUGCAAAAGAAAUCGAAAAGAAAUAUGAAGAAGAAAAUGAUGUGCCCUUAAUCGAUACAAAUGACGAAAGAAUUCGUCGUCGCUAUUAUUGCCGACUAAAUGCAAUCGCAGAAGAUGCAAAAAAGCAGUUAUCAAACUUUGAAACUGUUGAAAUUGAUUUGAGUAUGUUUAGAAUUCAUAACAAAAAUGAUUCUGAUUCUGAGUCUGAGUCUGAUUCUGAUUCUGAAGAGGAAAUCAUGUUAGAUGUAUUUCAUCAUACAAUAGAGAUAGUUCAAAAAUGUAUAACGGAUUGCAAUAUGAAUGUUUCUGAUAUUGAUCGCGUCGUAAUGAUUGGUGGAUCGAGUCGAUUAACAAUAAUAAGAGAUCGUUUGAGACAACUGUUUGGAUAUGAAAAACUGAGCAAAGCUGUAAAUCCUGAUGAAGCUGUUGCUUGUGGAGCUUGUCUAAGUCUUGUUGAAAAACUGAACUUGAAUUUUCCCUCUAUUUGUCGAUUAAGUGAAGAAUUAAUGGGUAGCCAGAUCGAAUUCUUAAUCCGUAGUCGUACUCAUAUUGAAUACAAAUGUGAACAAGUAAAACCUUAUCUUGACUAUUGCUCCAUUUUGCAAAAUUGCAAGAGUUGCGCCAUCUACCAUGGAGAUAUAUCCUACUGUUAUGCUAAUGGGAAACAAGGGCAAUUCAGUAUGAUAGGAAAAUACAAAAGUGAAGAAAACAGAUCUUCCCGAUCUUCUGUAUUUAGUUUUGUCACUAUUUACACAAUUGAUGAAUGGGGAAUUAUUCACAUUAUCGAAAAAUGCAAAGACAAUAAUCAGAUCUUGGUUGAUUCGUGUAUUAGAUGGGAAGAACCUAUCUAG